CAACAAUGGCCAAGAAAGCGCUCAAAACCCAGGCGCAGUCCAACACGGCCACGCUCAAUCGCACGCACCAAAUCUCUCUCGCCAUCAACGCCCUCUACCUCCUUCUCAGCCUCCUCAUCUUCCGACGACGCAGUCUCUUCCUCUACUUCCUCUUCAAUGCCCCCGCACUGGUCAUUCAGUUCUGGUUCGAACGCAUAGCACGACCCACGUACGUUGACGGAGAGCUCAAGCGAGCUGGCGAGGACCUCGAUGCGAAAGGUUUGACAGAAUUCAUGUGGGAUGUCCUAUACUGGACCUGGGGAACGAUUGUUCUGGUGUCGCUGGUGGGCGACUAUGGCUGGUGGAUUUACUCUGUUGUGCCGGUCUACAGUAUUUGGAGUGCCUGGACAACUUACAGUGGAUUCAAGACAGGCAUGGGAGGCAUGAUGCCUGGGGGAGCGACGGAUCCGACCAAGGUACAGAGUGAGGCUGCUGGUGGGCAGAGUAAGAGACAGGCAAAGUUGGAGAAGAGGGGAGGGCAAAGAGUGCAGUACCGAUGAGGUAGGUAUUGUUGACAUGACUGCCCUACCACCCACUACCACGAAUCCACUAGAAGUAGCCGCCAGCAUACCCUCCGGGCCCAGGUCGCUGCAUGCUCAUGAACGAUUUCUGAGCGUUGCCGUACCACAGUUGUCCAGCCCGGCCCUGGAAACGGUUUGUGCCUGGACUAUGUUGAGCAAUUGCGUUAUCGAGGUUAUAGCCUGCCAAGAAAACUAUGCGACCAGGAUAUUUGUAAUCAUGCGGACCACGAUAUUGGCUUGGGUUGCCGGAGGUCCAGCCUCGAGAUCCGGGCCAUGGUUGCAUCUUUGUGGUGUUGCUCGACAAUCAAGUCACACUUGGUACGCUCCAGCCAGCGGUAUCUGCCAGUUUUGAGCGCACUCGAGCCGGACAUGCGAUCGCUACCUAUGUGACUAGGCGGUCGCUCCAUCUUAUUCACCGAUGUCGCAGAGCGAGCACAUUGAACGAAGAGGUCCAAUAUGUGUGGAGAGAUUUGUUCACCGAGAGGAAUGGCGCAAUGCUUUUCCCGCCACCAUUGUUCGAUAGUAUGCUCGAAAGUGGUCGAUCGAUGUAUGCAGAGCUCAUAUCAACCCACCUUUGACCGUAUGUAUAGUAGCCAUCAGCGCC